UUUCUUCUUCUUACUUUCGCCAUUUUGCGAUGUUGGCAGCUUCCGUUUCAGACGACUAUGUACAUCUCAUGAAAUAUGAGUGAAGGUGAUCCUGAGAAUGGUGAUUUUUCGGAGAACCCAGAACCAGAGGCUGAUAGCGAGUUUGUACCUGACAGUAAUUUGACGGUGGAAGAUGAGCGGGAGCUGAAUGAUGCCGCUGUGACAGAUCAACCUGAAGAUGAACUGUGUAACCUGAAUGGCAUUCCUUCUAAUAGUGUGAGCUCUGGUGGUGCAGAGUGCAACCAAGUGGUAGAAGAACAUGGACAAAACUCGCGUUCUGAUGAACCAGAAGAUAGUGACUGCAAUUCUAAUGACAGCACCCCAGUUCAUAGACCACUUCUUUUGAGCAACCAUGCCCAGUGUGAUAGUCCAAGUGUUUCCAAUGACAGUACACCAGUCCAUGUGCCACACUCGUCAGGGCAGCUGGAAUGUUCUUUGUCUGAAUCUGACAAUGAAGGAACUGUGGAGAUCGGUGCUGGUGCUGAGGUAGCCACAGAAUCUGAAUGUGGAGGUGGUGGUGUUAGUAAUCAGAGUGAUAGACGUGCUGUCAGUGAUGACGCUGAGGCUGCUCCAGAGGAUGAAGUGGUGGACAGUGAGUCAGCUACUUCAACAGCAGGGUCAGUAGUAGAAGACACACCAGAGUGUGACCAAGGGAUUGGUGCUAAGGCCAAUCAUGUUCAUGAUUCUUGGAGAACUACUAACGUUUGUUUGCUCAGCGAUAUUGCUUCGGAUAGUAGCAUAUCUGCAGCUCCAUCCUGUGAAAAUUCCAGUUCAUUACAAAUGGCAACUAGAAGUGGUAUACUUGAUGCAUGCACUAGUUCAAGUUCUGACAGUUUAGAUCUUUCUAAUAUAUCUGUUAAGGACUUGUUGAGAGAAGAAAUCAGCGAUGAUGAUGAGGAAGAAAUGUUGAAUUUCAAGAAAAACAUAUCAGACAUGGUAAACACAAGCUUCAAUACAUCACAUACUGGUUUCGGUGGGGAUUCUUCAGUGACAAAUAAUUUUGCAGGAGUGUCAGAACAAUUGCUUCAGAAAUCUGCAGAUGUUAAUUGUGAUUCACAACAUUCACUGCUUGUUGAACAACCUUCGAUGUGUGUAGAACAUGUUGAAACUCAGGAAGUUCCCGAUUGUUCAGCAGUCCUGGAUAAAUCCUGUGAUAAAAUGGAAUCAUCUCAGAUCUCAGUUAAAGACAACUCCAAAACCAGUGACCCAGCUUCUGAAGAUGAUUUAUUGUCGGAACUGGAUGCUGAACUGCAAACGCAUUCCAUAAAUUUCAAUGACAUCACUAAUUCUAAUGACCCGUCUGCAAUAUUGCCAUCAAUAGUCAAACAUGAACAGACUGAAGUGCAAAGUUCAAGUUAUGUACUAUGUCCUGGCAUGUUGCCUCCACAGUUUCAGGAGAAUUCUAGUCCUCCAAAUGGUUUGAAAGUGACUGAUUCAGAUAUGCUAAAGAGUCUGCAAGGUCAGCUCAAUCACAUGCAGAAGUUGCUGGAAGAAAGUGGCACCAAAUUCAAAAAAUUAUUCAAGCAACAUACACAGCAGUCUGAAGAACUGGACUUGAUGACGCAAGAUCGUGAUCGGUACCACAGCCAGGUGCAGGCCAUGAAGAGCAGGAAUCCAGAUGACCUCUACAUUCCACAGAUAAAGGAGUUGGAGUACAUGAUAGCUCAACAGCAAAAUGAACUCCAUGCUUUAAAAGACAGACUUUCAUCUCAUGAUGCAUCAGCUAAACGUGCCAUAAACACAUUGCAGAAUGAAAUGAGAUGUAGAGUGGAACAGAUUACUAAGAUGUAUGAAGACUGUCUUCAAGAAAAGAAUUCAAUGGUUGUGAAAUAUGCUGAAUCGGAGCAGAAAAACAUUGAAAUGCAAAAAGUGGUCGAUAAACUUGAAAACAAGUUACGUGAUGCUGCCAGGGAGCGUGAAUCUCUUGUCAUGAAAAUAAAAUGCAGCAAACUGGAAAAGCAGAAGCUGGUGGAGGACCAUGAAUCUAAGUGUUCAGAACUUGGUGCAGCAUACAGAGAGAUUGAGAAACUGCGAGAAAACUUUUCAUCUGUGGAUGUAAGAAUUAAGUGGGCACAAAACAAACUGAGGGCUGAACUGGAAGCUCAUAAGGAAACCAAAGCAUCUCUGGAAACCACCACUAAGAGACUGAAAGAAGCCAAAGAAGAGACCCAACAAAUCCGAAGAGACUGUCAGCGCAUGAUAAAAACUUACCAGGAGUCUGAAGAGAUAAAGUCAAACUCCUUGGAUAAAGAGCUGAAAAUAAAGGAGUCUGAACUAAUUGUCCAAAGACAGGAGUGGAAUGACCGUGAAAAGUUGUAUCUUGAGACAAAGACAAAUUUUGAUGCAUUGAAUGCUCAGCACAAAGAGGUGAUAGAGGAACUUAAGAUGCUGCAUGAAAAGGUAACAUGUCUAGAAGAUGAACGGAAACUCAAUGAGAAAACAAUGUCGGAGUACAAAGAAAUUAUGCAGAGACAAAAGGGCGAGAACAAAGAACUCCAGGCCAAGGAGAAUGAAUUGACAGUCUUGCAAGAUGAUUUCAAUAGGGCUCAGGACAUGAUAAAAACGCUGGAUAGAGACAUAUCUGAUUUGAUGGUAACCAAUAAAGAUUUGGUUUCUGACAUGGAAGGCUGCCGUCGUCGCGAAUCUGAAUUGCUUGACCUUACAGAAAAACUGAGCCGUAAAAAUGCUAAGUUGCAGUCUGAUAAUACUAAUUUAAAUAAUCAGGUCAUCAGUUUAAUGAGUGAAGCUGAAAACAAGAAUAAGAAAAUCCAGGAGUUGGAAGCAAAGGUGCAAGAUCUGGUUGAAACACUGGCUAGUGUGAAGAAGUCGUUGCAGGAGGAGGUUGACUCUUUAAAGGCAGAGUUAGGCAGUAAAACUAAAGAUGUGGAAAAAUACAAGCAGUGCUUUGAAGAUGAAAAAGAUGUUGUCCGUACAUUAAAGAAAAGACAUGUCAAUAAUGUGAAGGAUCUGACUCGACAGUUGCAACAAGCUCGUAAGAGGCUGGAAGCACUGGAAAACCACACGGAGAAGGAUGCAGUCAGCAUGGGGUCGCGUACCAGUUCAAACGGCUCGCUCAACACUGUGGAUAGAGAGAACUCGGCACAUACAUCAAGUAACCACAGCUCAGCUGCCAACUCCAGGGCACCCAGUCAAGAACAAGAGUAUCCAGUGAUUACAGAACAGGUGGAAGUAGACAAGCAUGUUCUAAUUGAGCGCAUUGUCAGAUUACAGAGAGCCCAUGCACGAAAAAAUGAAAAACUAGAAUUCCUUGAAGAUCACAUUCAACAGCUGUUGGUAGAAAUCCAGAAGAAAACAAAAAUCAUACACAAUUAUUUUAUGCGAGAAGAAGCAGGAACAUUGUCACCAGACUAUAUGGAUGAAAACAAACAAAGCGCUAGGAUUGAAGCGCAGGCUCUACUGGCAAAGAAAGGUGGCAUCAUGGCAUCUGUGUAUAGUACCCAGCAACAGGAUGGUCAUCUGACACUUGACCUUUCUCUGGAAAUCAACAAAAAAUUGCAGGGUGUUCUUGAAGACACAAUUUUGAAAAAUAUUACAUUAAAGGACAACAUUGAUACACUGGGAGCUGAAAUAUCAAGGUUAUCUCAAGAGAACCGACAACUGCAGUUACGCUUACAAGGCAUAAAAACAUGAUAAUAUAAUUUAUUUUUAUCACAAGAAGUAUUUAUUUUAUUAUAAAGUGAAUCUGAAAGACUUUGCAUUGAGGUGUAUUGAAUGCAUUUAUUUUACUUGGGACUGGCAAUAUUUAGACACACCUGGUGAUGUUUAUGUUAAUAUACUACUGUAGAUAGAUGAAUAUGGCAAAACCAGAUGGUAUUAGACGAUGUGGACUACAGAAUUGCUGUAUAUAUAUAUAUAUAUAUAUAUAUAUAUAUGCAUUGGUUGAGUACCUGGUUUAUAUAUCAUUGAUGGACAGUUGUGAUAGUUAUAACAUUUAAAAAAUAAUAAUAAUGAUUUUAUUAAAUAAUUGUCCAUUAAAAAAUAAAUACACAUUUUAUUUAAAAGUUAAUCAGGUAAUAUUUUUUUGGAAUAAUUUCGUGUUUUUAACCAUUUUUUGCCCUGUUUACACUUAGUUAUAUUUACUAGUUAUAAAACUAACUUAUCUGACAGUUUUUAACUAAUGGUUAGGCUGUGUCCUUGGAACUGAUUUAUCUUUUAGUAUCAAAGUUAUUGUCAGCGGACAUUGAACUCUAAGGGGUAUCUGAGGACAGAUUUACAAGUGGGUGAAGUGUUGGGCGCUGCUUUUUUCAACUAGACUGAGAAUAAAAUUUUAUAAUUUGAUGUUUACAUUAAAAAUAAAUUUGCACACCUUGCAGUUAUUAAGAGGUUGGUGGUGUUUUUUUUUGUUUUUUUAAAUUAUAUGUACAAUUAAAGUUGAAACGUAUAGCUAAAAGAUAAAUAACCCCAUUUUUGUGUGUUUGAAAAUGUAAUUAUCAAAUUGAAAGAUGAUACUGGUUUGAAAAUGAAAUAAUAUUCCUUAUUAAUAAUUAUUUAGAAAUAGUGUGUAAUUAAUAUUAAUUGUGUUAUUGUGCAUUAUUAAUUGAGAGAGUUUAGCUACCUUUAGCUCCACGCUGAAUUAUAUUUUGCAUAUUUAGAGAGAAUAUCAGUAUGGAUUAAUUUAAGAAUACAUGUAUAUGUAUGGCUUGAACAUCUAAGGUUUAAAGCUGUUUGAAACAAUGUAGAAGAAUAUUAAAAUUUUGCUUGAGUAUAUUAAGAAUGGUCUAAACUACAUGUAACAGAUGAGAUUUUAAACAUUUAUAAUUAUUAAAAAAAAAAAAAUCAUUUACCAGUUAGUGUAAAUUAAAGCAGUACUGUAGUAAUAUUGUAUUUUAUUAAUAAGAUGUUAUGUGUAAGCCAAUAUAUUGUUAAUACAAAUCCAUUUACUGUGAUAGACUUUUGUAACACAGUAGACACAGUAAUGAUGUACUAUUGAUACUAGAAUGUGGGUAAGUGUAAACACAAAAAGUAAUUUAUUUUUAAUUGACUUUGAGAGACUUAAAAUUAACCCAGAAGUGGUAUUCAACUUGAUAGAAGCUGGAUUUAAUAUGUAGAAAAUAAGGUUUUUUAAAAUGGUAAUUUUACAGUCUUAGAAAGGAAACCCUGUACAUUUUCCAUUAGUAGCAAGGGAUCUUUUAUAUGCACCAUCCCACAGUAUAGCAUAUACUUUGGCCUUUAAUAUACCAGUCGUGGUACACAGGCUGGAAUGAGAAAUAUCCCAAUGGGUCUACCGAUGGGGAUUGAUCCCAGUGAGACUGACUAGGCAUCAGGCAAGUGCUUUACGACUGGGUUAUGCCCCACCCCCUCAGUCGGGGGGUGACUUUAAUUUGAAUAUAUAUUUUUUAUUAAUAAACAACCGAGAAACCAACCGACACUGUAAAACUAUUUUAGGUUAUUUGUAAGUUAUUAUUGGCAAUGUUUAUACUAAAGAAACAGACUGUUAGAAUAGUAUGAUAAUAAAUACCAAAUUAUGAAUUAACCACUGUAAUUUUGUUUACAUAAAACAUUGAAGUAUCUUAGUCCUUAAUUACUUAAAUGUACAUGUGACUUUCAUCAAAUUCCAGGUUAGUUAUCCGCGAACACAUAAAGCAAAGCAUAUGGCUUCUGUUUUUACAAGGUGACAUAAUUUCUCUUCAGUCACAAUGACAGCAAAGUCAGUGAGAUCACAGCAAGGUUUUGGCUCAUUUUGCCCUGUUACACGAGUCCUUCUGGAUCUAGAAAAAAGCAGAAAUUUAUUGCUUGGUUUUAUUAAUCAAUAGAAAUAUAACUUCUUUUUUAUUGGGCGGAAUUUAAAUAUACAUGUUUUACCAAGAAUGGGGGUGGUGGGUAAUAAUUUCACAGCUCAAUUCAUUGUUUAAAUAUCUAACGUGUGAUAUUUUUUCAUACUGAAAACCUAUGACCACUUCUCUUUUAAUGUUACUGUGAUCAAACCACAAGUAGGUUUCAUGGUGAUACGAUCCAUCAUAGCAGGGUUCUGCCACAGUGGACAGUGCCAGUGGGACACAACUGGCACUUUUACAUUUCUGACCAACAGCAUCACUGCCAAUCUGGGUGCUGACCACCACUUAUAAUACACAACUUAUAAUACACGGUCAACAAAUUUAACAUCGUUUGUUUUUGUGGGGGAAUGAAAAAGAAAACUAGCUGUAAUUUCCACGCCUCAGAAAUUCCUUGGCAAAACCCUAAAUUCAUAAUAGGUAAUAUUAAAAACCACAAUUUGUUACAGGAUAAUGGGUCUCAUCAUUAUUGAUUUUGAAAGAUGUAUGAAGUAAUUCUUCACUAUACAACAUAAGCAAUCUUGUUAGGUAUAUGGUGUUUUAUAUUGGUCCUCUUUGAGUGUCUGUAAACAUGAUCAUUUGGUUUGUGUAUUGUGUCUGUGUUAAAAUUGUAUUUAGCAUUAUGCAUUGUCACCAUUCAUUACAGAUUUGUAGCAAUCAGGGUAUUGUGGAAUAGUGCAUCAUAUUCUUAUCUAAUUUGUGAAGUUUUCAAUCUUAUUUUAAUAUCUAUGUGUAUCUGCGUAUAUAUGCAAACACUGUAUGAUUUGUGCAUUUACUGUAUUAUUAAAACAUCAACUCUUUAUUGUAAACAAAUAUUUGUGUUAAUAAAUUGCAUUAUAAAUCAUUACUAUUAUAAUUAUUGCAUUCUGUGCAUAAAUCACCUAGAAAAUAUUACACACUAAUAAGGACUAGUGUAUUGUGUAUUGUUUUUAUGAUAAAAGCAAAAUUUUAUAAUAACAUUCCAAAAAUCAUUUUUAUUAAAUAAUUGUAAACAAAGAGAAGAUAGAUGGUAGCCAGGCUAGUGAUUUUCAAAGCUAUCUUAGUGCUACAAAAUUGUAAAACCAUUGUAGGCUGUGACAUCAUUACAGCACUCACUAUAGUGACAUCAUAGCUUACGAGGGUUUUACGAUUUUAUAGCACUAAGAUUGUUUUGAAAAUAUGGGCCCUGUAUCUUAUUAUUCGCUCAGUUACCAUUAAUGGAAUGUCUAAAUUUAUGGCAGCAUAAAACACCUGGCAUUUUAGACCAAAUUGGAAAAUGUAUGCUCCAAAACAAAAUAGGACAUCUGGGAUUAUGGACCAUUCCUUGGAGAGAUUAUUUAUCACAUGGACUGGUAAUUGUUUAAAACACUUCAUUAUUGUAAUGAGGUAUCUCAAGUACUUAAUAUACUUGUAGCAAAUGGGUAAAUUAAUACUAAUAUUUUAGAAAUGACGGCCAAUAAAAAUCAUUCAUUUUGAACCAUUUGUCUGAAAAAUUGUUUAUAAAUGCUUGCAGUUAAGUAAAUUUUAAUAAUAACGAUUAGCCAGAUUCAAGUGCUAUAGUAAAUAUUGCACACCUUCAUUUACUUUUGCCAUCAGGGAUUCAGUUCAAUCCAGUUACCAUAUCAGAAUAAAUUCUGUGAAACAUGUCACAAUAUUGAGAGAAAUAUGUGAUUAUUGUUUUUAUAAAGUACUAUUUUUAACUGACCUGCAAGAAAUCCAUAUAUGUAGCAAUGUAUUUGUGCAGGAAAUGUUGUGUGGUUGGGUCUAGACUUUGGUCGGCUAAGAUCAAGGGGCAAAGUGCACAAGUUUCUAGGGGGGAUCGGGGUGUGGGUAUGGUACCCCUAAAAAUUAGAUGUCUUGAAAUGCAAUGUUCUGCUUUUUAUAAGUAAAAUUCUUCAUGACAAAUGCUAGUAAAUGCAAUGUUUUUAAAUGUAUAAAUUUUCUUCACUUUUAAUUUUGUAUUAUCCUAAAUACCAAAUUCUUUACAGUGAACAACUAUAUGAUCCAAUGACAUUAUUUAUUUUAGUUAAACCUUUAAAUAUGUAUGUAAAUAACAAAAACAAAAUAUUAUUUUUGCAUUGCAUCAUUUUCAAGUAACUAUGUAGGACAUUGUUUUUAAAAAUGUAGAUGGACAGCUUUGGUAACAUUUAUAUCAGUAAAUCUAAAAAAUUAGGUUGUCCAACAAUCCAAUCCAAUCCAAUAGGGUUUAACGUGCACAUUCAGAGCAAACUGUUUUAGUACACGUCUGUCCUGGCCUUGGCCGGCUCUCCGUCCAGGACAGAAAAAGUUGGGGUGGGUAGGAGGAGGGACCGCCUGCACUGGCAGGUGCAAGAGAGCACUAGCAGUACGGCCGUGACCGGUAACAGGUGGAGGGUGGUAUGGUGCUAUGGAAUUUGGAAUUGAUAAUUACAGCCAAAGAGAAAUGGUGCACAUUUUAGGUGAUGGAUUUUUGGCGCAAUUUAGUACAGUCUGCCAAAAAUGAAAGAUAGGGAGCUAUGAGUAGGUUUGGAAUUUUAGUAAGCCAAGAGUAGCUCGUUAAUUGGACCUAUUGGUUGUCCAACAAUGCAAUUCCCUGCAUUUAUACCAUUUUAUGAGUAAAUUUCAUCAUGACAGAUGCAGGUUUAUACACAUUUAUUUAUUUAUUUAUUUAAAUUUGCUUUGGCCAGAGCACUGCCUCAUUUUGCUGCCAUAUUGUAAGUGAUCACAUACCACACCCAGAAUAACAAAUAACUUCAAAAUAUUGGGUUACUUAACACAACAAAGUUCAACAUACUAGUAAUUAUCAAAAACAUAUGGAAAAAGAUUUCUAUAGUUUAUAUUAAUAUUUUAAUGAAGACCUAUUUCCUAAACAGGAUUAUAUUAAGCUGCUACAGAUAGGAACAGCAUAGAAAUGGUAUCACACGUACCUAAAACAAUUUUGGUAAAUUUAUGAAUAAAUUGCCUAAAUUCAGUGUCAUUUCAUACAUGGUGAUUUAGCGAAGUUAGACCCUUACUGAAGUGGGUGAGGUCUCUUUUGACAAAUAUUACACGUUAUAUACUAACAAGCUGUGGGACGUUUUUCUCCAUUGUUUUACAAGACCAUGUAUUCAUAAGUAGAAACAUUUGGUGUUUAGUAUGUUGCAACUGUUAAUUUAUUAUCUGUGAUUUUAUCUGUGUUUGAACACAGGAUUGUAUUAUUCCAAUUGUAUACAUGUUUUAUUGUGGGUGAGCAGUGCCCAAAAUUAAUAUGUGAUGUGUUUUAUGUCGAUACUUGUUAUUGCAACAUAGAACAUCAUAUUAAUAAAUCAGUACAUACAUA